AUGGCGUCCGACUCGCUUAAUGGCACUAGCCAUAGUCUAGACAUCACAGUUUUGGGGUUGAAUAGCGGAACAUCUAUGGAUGGCAUUGACUGUGCCCUUUGUCAAUUUCGCCAGGAAACCCCUGAAUCACCUAUGCACUUUGAACUACUCAAGUAUGGCGAAAUUCCACUUGAGCCGGUGAUAAAGAAGCGGGUGAUGAACAUGAUUCUUCUGAACAAGACCUCCCCUUCCGAGUUGUCUGAAGUAAACGUGAUCUUAGGCGAGACCUUCGCCGCGGCCGUGCACCAGUUCUGCAAGGAUCACAAUGUGGAUAUCAAAUCAAUCGAUGUCCUCGGAUCCCACGGUCAAACCAUCUGGUUACUCUCCAUGCCGGAGGCGGGCGAGACCCGCAGCGCUCUGACCAUGGCCGAGGGCACAUUCCUCGCCUCGCGCACGGGCAUUACUUCCGUCACCGACUUCCGGGUAAGUGAUCAGGCCGCUGGACGUCAGGGAGCACCCCUCAUUGCGUUUUUCGACGCCCUAGUGCUGCACCACCCGACCAAACUGCGUGCAUGCCAGAACAUCGGCGGGAUCGCGAACGUCUGCUUUGUCCUCCCGGACAGCCACGGCGGCGUUGACGCCUGCUACGAUUUCGACACUGGUCCAGGAAACGUGUUCAUCGACGCUGUCGUGCGUCACUAUACUAAUGGCAAGCGCGAGUACGACCAGGAUGGCGAGAUGGGCGCCCGCGGGACCGUCGACCAGGCACUUGUCGAUGACUUCCUGACACAUCCGUACUUCGCAUUGGAACCACCCAAGACAACGGGUCGUGAAGUGUUCCGUGAUACCCUUGCCCACGAGUUCAUCGUCAAGGCGGAGGCCAAGGGCCUUAAGCCUGAUGAUGUCGUCGCAAGCAUCACCCGUGUGACCGCCCAGGCUAUUGUGGAUCAUUACCGUCGCUACGCGCCCAAGGACCUCGAGAUCGCUGAGAUAUUCAUGUGCGGCGGUGGUGCCUACAACCCUAACAUCGCCGCUUUUAUCCAGGAAAAUUACCCCAACACCCGCAUCAUGAUGCUCGACGAGGCUGGUAUCCCUGGUGGCGCUAAGGAGGCCAUCACUUUUGCUUGGCAGGGCAUGGAGGCCAUUGUUGGUCGCUCUAUCCCCGUCCCCACUCGUGUUGAGACUCGCCAAGAAUAUGUACUCGGCAAGGUGGCUCCGGGCAAGAACUACCGCAGCGUCAUGCGACAUGGCAUGAUGUUUGGCGCUGAUCGGGAUCAUUUGCCCCCCGUGAAAGAGCUGGUGAAUUACAUUGACGGCAAGGCUUUCGACAAUAAGUGGUGA